CUCCACCCUCCGCUCUGAAUGACGCUCUUCUCACACAACAUCGCAUUCAUCGAACGCACCGGGACGCGAUUGAACUCACAAAUCCACUACAGGUUUGUAGGGCCUGUUUGGCUCUGAAAAUUAUGGACAAGGUGUGAUCUAUCUCUAUUCCACAUUAUCUCUCUCACCAACCCUCGGUUUUCUCUCAAGAUGGCGUCAUGUGUUUCCAGCUGCUCUCCAGUGGUGCGGUUCUAUCAGAAGCUGAACAGGCUAAAGACGUUGGAGGAGGAUGUAAUGGCAACGUCACUGAAACGUUGUCUCUCCACAGUGGACCUUGCUCUGCUGGGUGUAGGUGGAAUGGUGGGUUCAGGCUUGUAUGUUCUCACAGGAACUGUUGCGAAGGACACUGCAGGACCUGCUGUAGUCGUGUCUUUCAUCAUAGCAGGUGUAGCAUCUCUCAUGGCGGCAUUAUGCUAUGCUGAGUUUGGCGCUCGUGUACCAAAGACAGGCUCCGCCUAUAUGUUUACUUAUGUCUCUGUUGGGGAAAUUUGGGCAUUCCUUAUUGGUUGGAAUGUAAUUUUGGAGUAUAUGAUUGGUGGAGCGGCAGUAGCUCGUGCAUGGAGUGGCUACCUGGACUCUAUUUUUAAUCACCGUAUCCAGAACUUCACAGAGAGUCAUGUGAUGCGUUGGGAUGUGCCCUUCAUUGCUCAUUACCCAGACCUCUUAGCAGCUGGCAUACUACUUGUGGCUUCUUUUUUCAUUUCAUUUGGUGUUCGUGUCUCAUCUUGGCUCAACCACAUCUUCUCAGCAGUCAGUAUGGUGGUCAUUACCUUUAUCUUAGUGUUUGGCUUUAUACUGGCGGACCCAGCCAAUUGGAGUGCUCGGGAGGGAGGCUUUGCACCCUUUGGAUUCUCGGGUAUAAUGGCAGGAACCGCAACGUGCUUCUACGCUUUUGUUGGCUUUGACGUGAUAGCAGCUUCCAGCGAAGAGGCCAGCAAUCCUCAGAAGGCCAUUCCUGCAGCAACAGCCAUCUCAUUGGGACUGGCAGCCACUGCAUAUAUACUGGUGUCCACUGUUCUUACGUUGAUGGUUCCAUGGCACUCACUCGACCCAAACUCAGCACUGUCAGAUGCAUUCUUCAAACGAGGAUACAGCUGGGCCGGGUUCAUCGUGGCUGUGGGCUCCAUCUGUGCCAUGAACACUGUGUUGCUCAGCAACCUCUUCUCUCUCCCGCGGAUCGUGUAUGCCAUGGCGGAGGAUGGCCUCUUCUUUUCCAUCUUCUCCCGAGUCAACCCUGUAACCAAAGUCCCUGUCAUCGCCAUUCUUGUGUUUGGCAGUCUAAUGGCUAUCCUCGCCCUCAUCUUUGAUCUGGAAGCACUGGUCCAGUUCCUCUCCAUCGGUACGCUGCUUGCUUACACUUUUGUAGCGGCUAGCGUCAUAAUGCUCCGCUUCCAACCAGAUAAAAGAAGCGGUAGCUCAGGAGGUGAUGGCAUCAAGACGGAUGCUUCAUCCACUCCUUCACUGAAUCAGUCAGGGCAGCAGGUGGGCCCAUUUCCUGCAGUGAGUGAGGCCCAGACCUUUGCACAGGACGGUGGAGAGCUGAAGGAGUACGAGUCAUUCUCUGAUAAACUUCAGCUGGUAGAGAGGCAGAAGGCAGUGAAGGAGAGACGGGCCCCAGGCAUGCUGAAGGCCCGCUGGGAGCCGUAUCUGGGCCGCAUUUUAGGGGGCUGUGAGCCAGGGGAGGUGGUGACGUUCGCUUUGAUGGCCCUGAUGGUGAGUGGACUGUCUCUUAGUGCUGUUUUGGUGUUUGGAAAUAACCAGCUGCAUCUGCCAGUGUGGAGCUUCACCAUGCUGGUGGUCAUCUUCAGUCUGGUCUUCCUGCUCAGUCUGGGACUCAUCUGGGUCCAUGAACAGCAGCCCAAUCAAAAGACCUUUCAGGUUCCUCUUGUACCAUUUAUUCCUGGCUUCAGUAUCCUGCUGAAUGUUUUUCUCAUGCUGAAGUUAAGUCCACUCACCUGGAUCCGCUUUACCGUAUGGGUUGCAGCAGGUCUUCUAGUGUAUUUCGGGUAUGGCAUCUGGCACAGUAAGGAGGGUUUGCGAGAGCAGCAGGGGCAGGAUGUGGCAGCGCGCUAUGUGGUCCUACCCAGCGGCAGUCUGGUGGAGACAGUCCAAAACGUCCAGCCUGAAGGACACACUCACAGUACACUCACACCAACCCACGACAAUCCACCUGCCAGCAGAUGAUCUGAUCAUGCUGAGGUGUGUUUACAGUACACCUGCAUGCCUGUUUAGUCAGUAACUCUUGCAUUUCUUUCUCUUUGCUUCUGUUCACUUUAUGAAUGAUGUCAUCGAAGCAUUGCUGUUCAUGUGAAGAUAAACCAAACUGUUAACACUAAGUCAUUAUUUUGUAUGUAAGCAACUUCCUUUUUCAACAUCUUGAUCAUAACGGUGGGCCAUUUUUCUCUGUUCCGUUCAUAUCUCUUAUGUAAUAUGUAUCCUCUGUGUUUAGCUACUUUUAGCUACUAUGCUGGUUUGUAUGUAAAUUAUAUAUGAGUGUAAUUUUGCCACCCAAACUGUUUCAGGGUCUCCAUUGUCUUUUAUGGUGUUUACAUAGAGCCAGGUGGAGCCUGCAAAUCCACAUGGCUGCUCUGUGAAAGCUGAAACCUUUAAACACUGAUUUUUGUUGGUGCUUUAGCAUAUUCAUAGGAAACUUUAUUUAUGUAGUCCAACCACUGAAAUCCACAGAAAUGAUAAACAGAGUUUAAAGGAAUAGUUCACCUAAAAAUUUGAAUUUAAUCAUAAUUUACUCACUCUUAUGUUGUUCCUAGCCCUAUUUUCAUAUCUUUUAUGUUUUGGACACAAAAGGUGAUGUUAGGCAGAAUGCCAUUCACUUUCAUUGUAUUGAAAAGAGAUGCAAUGAAAAGUGACUAAGGCUAACAUCUCCUUUUGUGUUUCACAGAAGAAAGAAAGUUAUACAGGUUUGGAAUGACAUGAGCGUUUUUACUUUUGGGUGCACUAUCCCUUUAAGAAUGUUGGUACAUUCAUUAAUAAUGUAAUGCUAUGCUGUAGCAUAAGACACAGUGUGACUGCAUGAAGAUUAAUGGGAAUGUUGUUAAUGGCAGGCCUUUUUCUUUUAUGCUAUUUCUAUAGCUGUUGCAGACCUUUAGGAAAUAUUGACAAUCACUGAUUGUAACGCUCUUGCUUAUUUAAUAGACAUACUCCAGUUUCUUUUAAGUGAACUACUAAUGCUAAAAGCAUGGGUCAUGUGGAGCUACUUAAAUGUAUCCCCUCCCUAUUAUGUCUCCUUCAUCGUUUUAAAUGGAUCACAUGCAUAUAUACAAAAGACACAGACAACCAUCUUUGCAGUGUCUGGCUCUCACACACAAUCGUCACUGUAUAUGUUUCCACCUCAUCCCUUUAAAGACCUCAUGAAUAUUCAUUUUAAUGCAGUAUAUCUAUAUUUACUUAUUUUAGUUUCAGUAUCUAUUCAAACCAACUUUUGAUCAUUUUAAUUGUUAAUGUUCAACAUUCUUGAGACAUUACAGUGUUUUUCUUUAUAUGUGCAAGAUAAGCUUAUUAUGAGCUGUUCCUGAUUAAAUAUGUUUCAUUUGUAUCCACUGACACACCUCACUUGCCUUAUCUUUACAAACACACACGCAAAGUCUUUUAAUCAUGCUGUUACCUCAGCAUUCUUUCCCCUAAUCCUUAUUCCCACACUCAGUUCCAAACAUCUCAAGUGACAUCCACACACACUGAACUGCCCAUAUUCUCACACACACACACUCUCACAGUGCGGUGUGACAGAGCUGGGAGCACAAUAGAAGAGAUCUUGCCAGUUGAGUCCAUAGAUGUGAUGUUGCUGUAUUUUGUAGUAGGCUAUGGAUACUGGCUGGACAGCAGAUAUUUGAAAACAUUCCAGUCAAAUGCAAGUGUGAGAUAAUCCCCCUAUACAAGCCUCCAUAAUCUCUCCCUCCCCUAGAUUUGCACUGUUCCCUCCCUCCCAGAUUGACCCAGAUUAUUCAUCCAGAGUGUGAAUGCAGCUGGAGAUUAUUAUUCUCACUUUGAUCGCUUCAGCACUUGGACUGCACACAUUCAGAAACAUGUUGAGUCAUUCUGCUUCUGUUGCCUCUGCUCUCUUAUACAAACUCUAAUUCAAACACAUGUAAUGUAAAGACGUGGCAGGUCACUUGAACUGCACUGUUAUUGUAUCCCAUAAAUUAUUAUUUCUGUAUAUGCAUUACACAUUUUAUUUGAUCACUCGCAUUGAUUCAGCUUGUGAAAGGAUUAGCUGUGAAGGCAAAAAGGAUAAACCUUACUGGUUUCCCUGCUUAAACCAGCCUAAGAAGUCUCCAAACCUGGUCUGGUUUGCUGGUUUUAAAGAGGUUCUAUUUUAAACCAGCAAGAGUAAGACCAGCAAACCAGUUCAGGCUCAUUUAAGAUGCUUUUUUCAGCUGGGUUACUGGAUGAACCAAAUGUUCUUCAUUAUUCAGUUGUUGUAUUAAACGUUGAUUAAGUUUUUGUUUUACUUUUGCUUCUAUUUUUGAUCUGCAAUUCAGAAUGGUAUUUUUUCAGUGUUGGGUAGAUUACUUCUGAAAUGUAAUCAGAUUACAAAUUGCACCAUAAACAUUAGUAAUGUAGUAAUCAUUUAACUUUUUAGGUAGUCCUAGGGAAUUGCUUAUUGAUGAAUUAUUGCAUGAACCGUAUGCUUGACCAAUUUACACUAAAUAUUUAUCAUUAAAUAUUAGUAAACAUGAAAUCAAACAACAAUUUGAUUUGAAAGUUAUUUAAAAGUCAAGACUAAAAGGUAAUUGCAAUCAAUAUGUAAUCAUAUAAUCCAAUUUUUUGUAAUCUGUUUAUGUAAUCUAGAUGUAGUCCAUUACUGCCCAACACUGCUGUUUCACUCUGCAGUCAUUGCAUCUAACUAAUAGACGUUUACAGUGUAGUUUUUAGGCUACAGUACAAUGUAUAGUGUUCACACAGUACACAUCUGAUGACUUUUAAGCAAAGCAUCAAACAUACACAACAUUAAAACCACCUGCCUAAUAUUGUGUAGGUCCAUAGAGAAUGGUCAGACUGGUUCAAACUGACAAAGUCUACGGUAACUCAGAUAACCACUCUGUACAAUUGUGGUAAGAAGAAUAUAAUUCAAUAUUAGGCAGGUGGUUUUAAUGUUGUGGCUGAUCGGUGUACAGGCAGAAUCAUUCAAAUGGAAACUCUGUUUAAUUUAAUCAUGCAACUGAUGCUAUCGUGUUCUCCUUAAAUGCCCACCUACAAUAUACCAUUAUCACUUUGCUACGCCAUGAUGAUAUAGAAAUGACAGAGAAUCAACUGAUCUUAAAGUGACCCUUAAAUUUGAAUUUUCAAACCUACAGUGAUUUUGAAUUUCCAAACCUACAGUUUGUGUCCUCAGUAGCAUGAACAGUGAACUGGCUAUCAGUGCACUGCAUCAGAUGUUACAAUGUCAAUAUGAGAUACUCAUCUCAUAUUGAGUGCAGUGGCCCCUUUCAGUCAGUUUCCUGCUUUCAUAUAACAGCAGUCUGGAAUUUAUAUCUAAAACUUUUUCCCAAUCCAGUCAGCUGUAUAAUCCACUUCAUGUUUUUCUGUCAGACAGACUUAGUUGCAUAAAGCAAAUAUGAAGACUUGGACUAUUUUUGCAGGUGAAGGCACAAUGCACAGUUUGUAUGUAAAUACUAUAUCUGUAAAUAUAGCACACACGUAACCAGUGGCCUUAAUGAUACACAUACUAAAGCAUUCCCAAAGUUUGAAAUGUAUCUUCUGUAGUCUUAGAUGUAAUUUUGUGUAAUUUAAGAUUAGUGUAUAAAAGAGGAAAUUAAUGGAUUAUACUAUAGUGCUGAGAUCUGUUUUUGUCUUUAUCUCUCUUUCUACACCUUCUUCUGCAUUUCAGUUGUUUGUUUCCUCCAUCCUGCCCACUUGCACUCUUGUCUCUUUCGAAAAGCACCACGUUGAGACAUUUUUUCAUUGUGUCACAUAUACCUCUGUUUUGUGUGUUUGUAAAGUUCUAUUUAUGAGAGAUUGUAUUACCUAGUGGUGAAUAAAUGUUUUGA